AUGGGAACGUCUCAAGUGGCACAAGAGGAGAACUACCGGGAUCCUACCAACAUUCAACAGAAGCAUCAGAAACAACAAGCUUUCGAAGCAGAAUUGGCAGCCAAUGCUGACCGUAUUGCCACCUUAAUUACGGCUGGACAAAACCUUAUUGAUGGCGCAAAGUGCGCUGGAGGUGAAGAUGCUGUGAGCGCUCGUCUGAAGGCGCUGAACGAUCAGUGGGAGCUGCUUGUGAAGACUACCACUGAGAAGAGCUACAGGCUCAAGGAAGCUAACAAGCAAAAAAGCUUUAUGGCAGCUGUCAAGGAUCUGGAGUUUUGGCUUGGUGAAGUUGAAAUCCUUCUGCAGUCCGAUGAUUACGGAAAGGAUCUGGCUUCCAUCGAAAAUCUGCUGAAGAAGCACCAGUUGUUGGAAGCCGAUAUCAUGGCCCAUCAGGAUCGCGUACAGGAAAUGAAUCAGCAAGCAGAUUCACUCCUAGAGAGGGAUCAGUUCGCUGGACAACAAAUAGCUGAACGUCGCAAGGUUGGACUAGCAAUGCCUCUUACCGAGUAA